AUGGACACAAUAUUGAAUUUCACUCUGCGGAUACUUGCUUCCUUUUUGCUCUUUCCAAUUACAAGUAAUGGAUUCGUGCCAUAUACGAUUGCAGUGACAAAGGAUUAUUCAUUUAGAGAGCAAUCACAGGUCCACGCACAAACAAAGAAAACGAGAAGACGAUCAAUACUGGCGGCUUCGACAGAAACUCAAGAAGAAGUUGCAACUGAAUUUAGGAAUUCGGGAAUAUCAGAGAAACGCAUUGUUACAAUAGAGCGAUCUUUGGAUUUACCCUUUUCAGCUGAGAUUGCUUACGACGCCUACUCUAAUCUUCCUAGACAGCCCUCUUGGUCGUCAUGGUUACACAAGGUGGAAUACACAGAUGCCUCAAACAAAGAGUCUCUUUGGACUCUCAAGUUUCUAGGAUUUAAAUAUUCCUGGUCGGCAAUCUCGUUGAAGAAUGAACGACCGACUACACUACAAUGGAAGUCCACCUCGGGAUUGGCAAACUUUGGAACUGUGGUGUUUACAUCUAUGGACGAUCAGACAACGGCAAUGUCGCUUACCAUGACUUUGGUGGCUCCACGGACAGUAGCUUCCCUGUUUCGAAAAUCGAAACGGUUGCAAGAAUACAUAGGGGAAAAAAUGGUUGCAACUUCGUUGGACUCGUUUCGAGAUAUUGUUCUGAACGAGGACGCAGUAGUCAGCGCUACUAAUGAGACUGCUAGAUCAUAG